AUGGGCUUCUGGAAGUACUCGCCCUUCCUGGCUCUUGGCAUCCUGGUCCUGUACCAGGCAGGAGUCCUCCAGGCAGCACCAUUCAGGUCUGUCCUGGAGAGCCGCCCCGACCCUGCUUCGGAGGCAGAGGACGAGCUGUGCCUCAUCCUGGCUGCCAUGGUGAAGGACUACGUGCAGAAGAAGAUGAGUGAUGUGGAGCGGGAGCGGGAGCGGGAGCAGGAGCAGGAGACCGAGGACAUCAGCAUCACUGCUCAGAAGAGAGCCUGCAACACUGCUACCUGCGUGACCAACAAGCUGGCAGCCUUGCUGAGCAGGUCUGGGGCAGUGGUGAAGAACAACUUUGUGCCAACCUAUGUGGGCUCCAGAGCCUUCGGCCGCCGCCGCCGUGACCUGUGGGACUAA